UCUCUUUCUUUUUCUGCAUAUUUUUCUCUCGCCGAAGAAGGUGAUAAUAUAGUAAUAUAAUCAUUUCACAGUACUAUGGAGGACUUGGGUUCAUUGUGGACUUAUCAAGAGAACAUUGAGGAACUUAAGCAUAAGCUUCUCUGCACAACAGUUGAACUAGACUCGGUGAAAAUGGAAGCAAAGGAACAAAUGAGAAAGAGUGAAGAGUAUGUGAAGAGCUUGUUUGAUCUCUUGAAAACUGCACAGAAAGAAAGAGACGAAGCAAGAGACCAGCUUCAGAAACUCCUCAACAAAAUCAUGCUUUCCAAUCCAACUGAUCAAUUUCCCAACAACAUUCUUCCUCAUUCCAGCCCAGAAAGCCCUCUCUUAUUGCCUGCAGCAGCCAACAAGGCAAACUCAAGCAUAACAGAGUCCAGCAGCCUCUCCGAAAACUACAACCACCAUUCCCACAACUCCUCCCCCGUCGACUCCUUAUUCGACGCAGUUUCGUCGCCCGAAUUCUCCAACAUCAACGUUGCUGAUUCCGGCCACAUGGGGUUUGCCAAUCAGCCUUUUGUUCAGGACUACAACACCGCGAAGAUCGAUCACGUGAUCGAUAACCUUGCGAAAGGGAAAACUCUGCCUCGGCAGGGGAAACUGUUGCAGGCUGUUAUGGAGGCUGGCCCGCUCCUUCAGACGCUCCUUGUGGCGGGACCACUCCCCCGGUGGCGCAACCCUCCUCCCUUGCAGCCUUUCAAGAUUCCGCCUGUUGCGAUCAAAGGCGCUGAAACAGCGGAGAAUUCUUGCUUUGUGGCUCAAAGGGGACUCAAUUCAUUGCCCUAUUCACAAACUUGUUCGGCUUCAAUGUUGAAUUUUGGUGGUGCUGGUGGUUCUUCUACUGCAUGCUUUAACAAUUCAAGGCUGUUGACUACUUCGAGUUCAAGUUUUAAUGACCAAUUUCUGAUUCCUACUGGGAAGAGACAGAGGCUCCAUUGAAAUGGUUUUUGACUUUUGGGUUCGCCAUGUAAAGAUAAGAUAUUCAGAUUUUGUGGGGUUUUACUAUGGUGUAAAUGGGAUACUUUUGUUUUCUGGAUUUGAAGUUUAAAUGACAUAGCUACUUAAAAACA